AAACAAAAAUUAAAUAUUUUUUUUGUAUUUAGGACAAACGAGUCACCAAAAUUUCGAAAUUAACGAAUCCUUAAAAGUUAUGGGAAUAUGUCGGUCAGGCCGCCAAUGAAAUUUGGAUUCGCCCGAUUAACUCAUGCCCAUGGAAUCCUUCAGCGGCACAGACUACAUCCAGCGACAACCCAUGUACUAUUUCGACCGGUUUUCAGUGGCCACAGAGUGCGUAAGACUUCGGGCAACUCUGGCAUCACAUCGGGAAGCAAAGGCAAGUGGUCGCUACAUCUCAAUCUGGAGCGCGCCCAGGACCGAGAUCGACCGAUUUCGUUGCCUUUGAUGGUUUAUUUAUACAGUCCUUGGAUGAUGUUUAGUACUAAAUUAAACUUAUGGAUACUGAAAUUACUCUGGGAUUGGCGCUUUGCCGAACUGCAAUUUGUGGACAAUGCGAAGCAGGCGCUGGUGCUGAUCACCAAGUUUAUUGUGGAGCAACACGAGGGCUACAUCAAGCGCUGCACGACCCCGAUGGGAUACAAGCAGAUCAGGCACGAUCUGAUCGGGUCCAAUGCCAGCCCCGCCAAGCUGAUGGUCUUUGACAAGCGCCACAUUCGCCGGGCCAUUCCCCUGAAGAUUCAGCGCCUGCAGCACUACGAUCACAAGUUCGCCUUCAUCGAUAUGAUCUUCUUGGCGUGCCGGCGUACCAACGAUUUUGUAUCGAAACAAGAGAUGCAACGGAUGCAGAAUCUUGUGGCUCAGUGUGCGGACACCAGCCACAUAUUCGUCCCCAAUCCCAUUAUCUGUGCGGAAUUUUUCGUGCGCUUCAGGCGAGAUUACUCCCUGCCGUGCACAGUGCGUGCCGGCCAUUGGCUGAUAUCCACGUACAAAAUACUACGCUUGGAUGUGCUCAACACGCAUCCCGAGUUCCAUGUUGGCAGUGGUGUCUACGACAUCGUCGAUGGCGUCCAACCACUACAUCAGAAAGCGACUCACGCCUAAUUUCAAUAUGAGGUGUAUAAAAAAUAUAUGCG